AUGACUGAGUCGGAUUUUGACAUCAAGGAGACCUAUCUCAAGUUCUUGGAGGAUGAUCGCGACAUGACUAUGCCCAUAGCGGCCAUUGAGUCGCUUGUGACGAUGCUUCGGGUGAAGCAGCCCUCGACAUCCUCUGAAUUGAUCAAGCUCGUUCAAGCCAACAUCGACACCUUAAAGCUGUCGAUCUCUAACGCCAUUUCGCUUUCUGCGGGGUGUGACUUGUUCAUGCGUUUUGUGAUGCGUAACACAAACUUGUAUUCUGACUGGGAGUCUUGCAAGAAGAAUUUAGUGGAGAAUGGGGAGCUCUUCGUGCAGAGAGCGAAGGAGUCCAGAGAGAAGCUGGCCGAGUUUGGCGUGCCCUUCAUCAAAGAUGACGACACAAUUUUGGUUCACUCAUUCUCUCGUGUUGUGUUUCAGCUUUUACAAAAAGCGAGAUCGGAGAAGUUAUUGCGGUUCAAGGUCAUCGUCACAGAAGCCCGUCCCUCUGAAAAGGGCUACCACAUGGCUAAGCUCCUAAGAGAAGCAGACAUUCCUGUAGAAGUCAUUGUGGACAGUGCUGUGGGCUACGUUCUUCAUAAGAUAGAUAAGGUCCUUGUCGGCGCUGAAGGCGUGGCAGAAAGUGGUGGUAUCAUCAAUCAUAUCGGUUCAUACCAGAUUGGCUGCUUGGCGAAGGCAAAUAAUAAGCCAUUCUACGUGGUUACUGAGUCACAUAAAUUCGUUAGAUUAUUUCCGUUAGCUCCAAACGACUUGCCUCACGGGAUCGCAAGUGCCCUAGAAGAGCACGGCUCUUCAGAAUUAGAAACACUGCAAGGCGUUCUCAAAACGCAGUCUAUUGACUUUACUCCACACGAGUUCAUCACAGCUCUUAUCACGGACCUUGGUGUUUUAACGCCGUCCGCUGUGUCGGAGGAAUUAAUUAAGAUGUGGUAUGACUAA